UUGUUUAUUGCCUCCCUGCUCAUCAUCUCCCUGUCCUACAUCUCCCUGUCCUCCGCGUCCCUGCAUCUCAUCUCCUGGUCCAUCCUUUCCCUGCUCAUCAUCUCCUGGUCCAUCUUCUCCCUGCUCCAUCACCUUCCAGCCCUUCACCUCCGGCCCAUCCCCUGUUGGGACGGCAUCGCCAGGAUCCCGAGGGAUCCGUGGGAGCCCCCCGACCCCUUUGGGAGCCUUUUCCCCGCCACUGCCCGGGGGGGGCGGUGGUGGCGGGGCGGGACCGGGGGCGGCCCCGGGCACGGUGCCCCGGGAGCGGCGGCGGGAGCGGCGGAGCGGAGAUGCCGUACCUGCUCAUUAGCACCCAAAUCCGCCUGGAAGCGGGGCCCACCAUGGUGGGCGACGAGCACUCGGAUCCCCACCUGAUGAGCAUCCUGGGGGCCACAAAGAGGAGCACGCUGGGGAACAACUUCUGCGAGUACUACGUGAACGACGCUCCGCGCGUGGUCCUGGACAAGCUGGAGAGUCUCGGCUACCGCGUGGUCAGCAUGACUGGCGUGGGCCAGACCCUGGUCUGGUGCCUCCACAGGGAAUAACCAGGGAGGAUCCUGCGUCCCACCUGGAUAACGUCCUGCUGGAGAUCAUCUUAUAGGACUGGCAGCAAAUUUUUCCCCCUUAAUUCCUUUCUGUCUCAGACUCCAGGCACUCGGGAAGGGGGAGGAACGGCACAGAGGCAGAGCUGGACCCAGUGGAAUUCUGCCAUCCCUGUUCCAUUUGCCAAGAGCAGGGGGAGGAAGAUAUGGCCAGAAUCAGGCAGAGGGAACAGAUGGCUCCAGCUCUGCCUUCAGCGGGAUGGCAAAUUCCAGCUUUUACAUUUUAAUCGUGCAUUCAGCAUGCCCUGGAGGAAGUUCAGUAACAGCCCUGUUUGCCUCCUCCUCGGGCUGCCCUGGAGAGCUCCCUGCCUUCUCCUGGGCCACGGGGUUAGGGAGGGACACCAAGCAUGGACACCAUCCCAUCUCAUCCCUGAAAUCCAAGGGGGAACCACUAAACCUACUCCCAGUGCUCCGAGAAUCCCUUCCCUUGGCAGCAAGGCCCGUUUCCAUCUCAGCAGCACCACCAAACUUCCAGGUCCCAGACUGCUCUCCAAGCCUAGCAGGGGAUUCCCCAAAUAACACAGAAAGGUUGUGUGACUAUUCCAGGUGCAGGCUCUAAAUCCAACACUGCUGGAAUGUUUGGGACCGUGCACGGAUCUUGCUGUGGGGGUAACACCAAUAAAACAUUGCUCCAAAAAGA